CAAAAAUCCCCAUUGACUUCAGCAUGUCCUGGCUCAUCCUCUUAUCUGGUUGGCAAAAUAUAUUUUUUCCCCUUUCCUGGGUGGCCCUUGAACCUUUGUCCCAGGAGUGCUCUGUGUGCUUUCUGGAGGCAUCCUAUCCUAGGAGCUAUGUGGGUGCUGAACUGCAGGGUUUUUUCCCCUUCCCCUUUGCAUUUUGUACUCCAAAACAGUGGUUGUGAGUACUACAAGGGGAUUCAAGCUGCAACUUGUAGGGAUCCCUGGAGCCUAGCUUUGCCAAUGUUGCCUGUGCUGAUGGAUUGGGUUUGCUUUGGUAUUGUUCUGUAUGUUGUGGUGGGAUGUGUGUGUACUGGGAGCAUGUCCCAGAGGUGAGUUCAUUGCAUCCCUCUGCAUGUGGGCAUGAUUGUUAGACACUGGUGGUGUUUCCAGUGAUGAUGGAUGCCUGCUGGUCUUCUUUAAGAAAACAUUUUUGUAUUUUAUGUGUGUUCCUCUCCAUGCCUGGGCUAAUCAUGUAUAAGAAUGUGGUCAUCGUUUUGCAGGCGUAGAGGCAUAUAUACCACCCCGGGCGUAAUGGAAGUGUAGGACUGCUCUGUAAUUUUCCUUAGGAGACAUUCCAAAUGGCUACUUUAACACUAAACACAGCUUGUGAAACUUUUCUCUCACAGUUUCUGAGGGCAAGAACAGAACAAAAAAAAAAAUCAGUUCUUGGAUCGCUGACAGUCUUUAAGAUUACAUACCACAAGACCAUCUAGGAGCAAAAUGGAAUUUGAUAACAUAGAAGCUCUGUGAAGCUUAACUUUCUGUGGCACAUCCAUUUCCAAGAGUUUCUGAAAUAUUGUGCUGUAGGUGAUUAAGAAAAAAGAACUAUAAUUGGGGUUUGUUUAGAGAUGCAAUAUACAAAAAGCAUGGAUUGGUUUCCUGCUCUCAGAAUAAGGAGCUUGGCUUUAUAGCUGAUUGAUGUUCUAGUAUAAGUGUGAUAACUUUAGAAAAGUUUCACAUGGUUAUCACUUUUUCCAUUCAUAACUAUUGUAGGCGACUCAGACUUCUGCAUUGAAAUUUUUAUAGUGGACUCUGCGUCUAAUACCCAGCCCUAAACAUAUUAUAUGGAACUAAGUCCUAUUGAAAUAAAUUGGGCUAGCUUGCAAGUAAUGAUUUUAGGAUAAGAGUGUUAAUGUGAUAGGAUUCCUCCCUUCCCGACUCCCCUGGGUCUCCAUCCUCAAUUUUGUUGGUUGGCUAUAAUUUCAUUUAGUGCUGCUGAUGUUACAUCGUAAACUUCCAGCUAAAGACCUUCAGGCCUAAUUACAGCUUUAAUGUGUAACCACUUCUGGAUUGAGUCCAAUUUUUGUAUAAUACACUAUUGUGCUCAUGCCCUGGGCUGAUGCUAUUGCACACAAAUAAAAGCUUGUUACAUGAUUAGAAACAUCUUCUUUUGGGUGUGAAGCUAAGCUAACUUUUAUGUAAAAGUAUGAAUAUAAUAACCAAGGCAGCAUACAGUCACUUGUAAAGAUCCUAUGCCAAUUUGCAGUGGGCAGUUAUCUGUCAGCAUAUUGCAGAAUAUUCCAUAGUUGUUUCAACAAAGCUUAUGGAAAGUUCAAAAAUGUUUAAACUUCUAAAUUAAAUUGUAACUGAUAUUUCUUUUGAAGGCGCCUUGAAUACUGUACGUGGAAUGAACAUACAGUAUUUCCUCAUGGAAGUGUUAAGAUGAGUGAAAGGGACCUUCGAGGAUUUACUACAUCUCCCAGGAGUAGUGAUAUAGAAAGCUUGGUGGUUCGUAUGAAAAAUGGCCUUAAGAGUUCCAAGUAUAAACCUGUUGACUACGAGCAGCUACUUGCAAUGACUGAAGCCAAGAAAUUGGAAUCUGCUAACAUUCUAUUAAAGAUUAAAAAGACUGAACACGCUUCAAAAAUCAACAAAGAACAAAUGCUGCAGAAGCGGCAUAAUCAAGUGUGGUGGUCAGAGCACAAAAGACUGCAUAGAAGCCGGAAAAAACUAGAAUCUGAACUACAAAACUUCUUUGAUGAAGGAAGUGAAUGGCUUUUGGACUUGUGGGGCUUCAAGUAUCAGUUAUCAAAGGAACUGGAAACAUUCCAAGCAAACACAGUGCAACCUAUCUGGCAGCUUAGGGAAGAUUUGAGGUACCGCCUAUUGGAAUGGCAGGCCAACUACCAAUGCCCAGAAUAUCAAUUUAACCCAGAUGCAGUAUUGGAACAGGUUGCAUUUGUGAAGGAACAACAGAAAGUAGUUUUGGAAAAACUUAACCUGGAGAAAGAAGCUUUGGAACGAGAGCUUGAAGAGUGCACCAAUGAAGUACUGGCAUGUUCUUCAGGAGAGAGGCCUGCACUUUUUUGCGAGAUUCCACCACAGUUAUUGGCCUUGGAAUGCCCAUAUCCUGAUUUGAAGGCUUCAGUGUUGACAGAAUUUCACAAACUGGCAGAUGAAUAUUGGUUGAAGUUCCAAGAGAUUGAUCAAGACUUAAAAGUCAUAUCAAGCAAUUUCCAGUGGAGUGAGGAAGAUCUUUGGGUGUAUCAGGUGAUUAUUAGUCAAUACCCUAGUGACAUGCAAGGCAGAAGAAUUCUUUACUUGGAUAUGCUGCAGAAACAUCUACCUCACAAAUCUAGGCAAGAUCUCGUUGCUCAGGAAAGAGCUUGGGACCACUACCGUUUUACUAGGAAUCAGUGGAGAGCUUUGAUGUUCAACUGGGCCGAGGCUAGGAAAGCUUUUUUGCUGAAGGCAGUAAUGACUCUUGCAGAAGCUUGUGCUGCUCAUGAGACAGAAAUUAUGUUGGCUAAUAAUAGAAGAAAACAACAGGAAAUAUGUGCGGAUCUCAAAGAAAAGGUCCUCCAGUGGCGUGUACAGCAGGAAGAGACUUCCCGACUGGAAGCUGCUAUCGCUGCCAGGAGAAAAAAAGAAGAAGAUGAAAAAGAGAAGUUUCACAAGGAGAAAGAAAUGCUUCAGAGAGCAGAGGACAAAGAAAAAGUGAAAAGGUACUGGGCUGAAAAGCAGCGCAGGUGGAAGGAACUGGAAGCAAAAGAUCUUCUGCGUUUGGCAGAAUUCAAGAAAUUAUUGGCUCAACAAGUCAUUAAAGAUAAGAAAAGAGUUCAGUUUAGACAAAAGCUUUUGGAAAAGCGCUUGAUGGAGAAAAGAGAAGCAAUACUCAAAGAAGCCCAUGAGGAAGAAGAAAGGAAGAGACGUCUUGAUGCUCUCAGGCAACAGGUUGCUGUUGUUGCAGAGUUUGACCCUGCAAGAAUGAUGGCCGACACAGUGGCAUCUAAAGCUCGGAUGGGCAUUGGAACAGAAGAAGAAUUUGUUCUGCUAAAGCCUCUGUUUGAGUUGCAUACAUUCACUAACGACCAGAUCAUUUCCGACACCCGGGUUCGUGUGGAGCUAGCUCUACGAGAAGCUGGACUACAUAAAACACUUUACGCUCAGGAGCUUUUGCCUAAAAUCCCUCCGCCCAGACUUCCAAGGAAAGACAUGGAGUCCGUAGUCUUUAAAAUGUACAACUAGGCACUAAUCAAAGAUUCAGAAUCUUUUGGAAUAGCCUAUUAAGAAUCCUUGAAUAAACUAUUUUAAUUCAGGAAAUAA